CAAAAGCAGAUGUGUAAACAAGAGACAAGAGGAGUGAAAGAGACAGCUCAGGGAAACAGCUGGUGGGAGUCCAGAGACGGCCUGGGAAGAUCGAGAGACAGCACAGCUACAGGGAGACAGCUCAGGGCAAGAGCUAGGGAGGGUUCAGAGACAGCUCAGGGAAGCUCUAAAUAAAGGCAGAGAUAUUACAGGAAACAAUAGCACAUGGAGGGUGGGAGGAGAAUGUAUUGUAAAGGAAACUAGGGAGAUUAUAUGGCAGCACAGCCCAUAGGGAGGGACUGAGACUGCAGAUUCAGGAAAAAGACAGCAAAGGAGAGAGACAGCAGAAUCAGAAUAUCAACACAGGAGAGAGACAGCAGAACCAGAAAAUCAAAACAGGAGAGAGACAGCAGGAUCAGAACAUCAACACAGGAGAGAGACAGCAAAACCAGAAAAUCAACACAGGAGAGAGACAGCAGAACCAGAAAAUCAACACAGGAGAGAGACAGCAGAACCAGAAAAUCAACACAGGAGAGAGACAGCAAAACCAGAAAAUCAACACAGGAGAGACCUCAAUUACAGCAGAAAAGACACAUAGAAUAAACUCAGAGAUCAGACAGCACAGGAGAGAGACUGAUGAUUUAAGUGUGAGAUCAGACAGCAGAGGAGAUUAGAGCUAACCACCCUGAGACAAUAGAAGGAUAACUGCUAGAAGAAGCUGUGCACACAGAUUAAGAGGGCUGUGAGGGCUAACACACAGAGAGAUAACACUAUAGAUAAGGGCAGCAAUGGGGCCAUAGAUAACAGGAGAAGGACACUGCUCCCUGGAAACACAAAAUGAAACUGCUAAUGCAGAGAGACGCUCACUGAACUGAUAACCCAAGAGACAGCCAGUGUCUGAAGAGUACGAUGGGACAGCAGAAGGUUUUGUUCAAUAUGGCACUGCACAUUAUCCUGAUUCCCCUUCUCCUGUGGCUGGCGGACCCUACCGCCGGUUACAAGCCAAUUAUUAUAGUUCAUGGACUGUUUGACAGUUCUGCCAACUUCAAGAUCCUGAUGGAGUAUAUCAACAAGUCUCACCCUGGAACAAAUGUCACCGUCGUGGACCUGUUUGACCACAGACAGAGUUUGGAACCUCUCUGGAAGCAGGUGGAGGGGUUUCGCAAAGUAAUCUAUCCCAUCAUGCAGAACGCAGGCAGCGAUGGGGUGCACCUUCUCUGCUAUUCACAGGGUGGAUUGAUUUGCCGUGGCCUACUGCAGACCAUGCCUGAUCAUAAUGUGGACACUUUUAUAUCUCUGUCCUCCCCGCAGCUAGGGCAGUAUGGAGACACAGAUUACCUGCGUUACCUGUUCCCUCUUUACGUGAAAUCCAAUCUGUUUCGGUUGUGUUACACACAUUACGGACAGACCUACUCAAUCUGUAACUUCUGGAACGACCCUCAUCAUCACGACCUGUAUGUAAACACCAGUGACUACCUCGCACCAUUAAACUCUGAGCGGUUGGAUCCCAAUGCUACAGACUGGAAGAAAAAUUUUCUGCGCCUCCGCAAGCUUGUCCUCAUUGGUGGCCCAGAUGAUGGUGUAAUUACCCCUUGGCAGUCUAGUCACUUUGGAUUUUAUGAUGAGAACGAGACCAUCCUGGAGAUGAAAGCACAAAUGGUUUACCAGGAGGACACCUUCGGACUCCAAACACUGGAUUUCCGAGGAGCUAUUACCAUGUACUGUGUUCCCGGCGUCUUGCACACCAUGUGGCACUCUAAUGAAACGGUGUUCAACGAGUGCAUUGAAAAAUGGCUCACCUAAGAGCUUCUGGGCAAAUGUACAGCAGUCAUGCUCUCAAUGUGCCCUACAUUCUACUCCCAGUACUUUGUAACAUGACAGACGUUCCUUCCCACUCUUACAUGAGCUGUACCCCCCAUCUCCUGUGAAGUGCUCUGUGUUAUGCCUCCUGUCCCCGCACCUUGACCCUGGUGCUGUUGUCUGCAUCUGUGCCUCUAUGCCUUGGCACAGUCUGUCAUUUUCCAGCCUGACCUGGGACGUACCUGAAAUAUUCAACUCUGAAGAGGAAACUUCAAGGCUUUUAAUCCCUAAAAUGACAUUUUAUGGAAUAUGAAAAAGAAAAACAAGGUCUUUGAAAGGGGAAUGAUGACUUUUGGAUAAGUCUGCACAAUGAGGUAGCUUUGUUUUUAAAUAAUAUUUGCCACCUUUUUGGGAUUUUCUACUUCUGCGUCUCAAACAUCCUUUCCAGAGAAAUGAAAGGAAGAGAUAGGAUUUAAAAGGGGGCACCUUAGAGUCAAACAACUUAGUAGUGUGGGCUAGGAAGUCGUCUAGAUGCUAUUUAGUUCUUACUCCACAUUCGUUUUAAUUGGAGGUGUCCUAAUAUUUUAAUAAUGAUUUUAAUCCCCCUGGUACGCCAGCUCUUUCCUGAAGGGGAGUGUGAAUUCUCCCCUGUCUGCUGCAAUAGUGGCCCUAACAAUGCAAUUGCCCUCCCAGGUACAGGUUAGUGAGGCGGGAGGGCUGGUAGUGAAUUUUUUAUUAAACCUUUUUAGGGAUAUUUAUCUAUUUGUAAUGAUGUCAGUCAUUCUUCGAAGGCACAAGGGAUCACGCUAACUGAUUUGAAGAAUAGUAUUCGCUGUGUUCGGUCAGAGAGAACCUCAUGUUUACUACCUGGUAUAUCAUUCUUAUAAUACUGGUUAUGAUUUUUUAUUUGUGUAUGUUGUGUUAAAUAAAACAUUUCUGCAUUAA